AUCCUAUCAAGAUCCUAUCCUGGUUUCUGUUGACUGGAUCUUUAUCCAUUUCAAGAUCCUAUCCUGGUUUGAGAGGCAUGAGAUCCUCUGUUGACUAAUUUGAGGAUCUUUAUUCAUUUCAGGAUCCUAUCCUGGUUUGAGAGUCAUACCCUCGUCUCUCUCCAUUCAUUUCAAAUUUCAACCAUGUUCCCCUGAUUUUUCUCUCUUCUCCCUCCAUCCUUCGUGGGAAGGAACCUCUGACAUUCUCUCUCUCUCUCUUCAUUUCUAAUGUAAUCUCUCUCUCCUGGUUGUUGCUGGACCAUUGAGAUUUUUGCCAGAGUUCUCGAUCGAGCUGUCAUCUGCGUUCUUCUUUCCAUCGUCACGCCAUCAUAUCGAUUAUAUACACACAUCAUAUUCAUAUAUACACAUGUACAUUCAAUUUCCUUGUUUGAUCCAAUCAUUCAACUACGAUCCUGUAAAUUUCACGGUUUUGAUUCACAUUUCGUCAUGUGGAUUGUCGAAUUUGAAUUCUUAGCAAUUAAUUUGUUUGACGCAAUUUGAUUUGAGAAAUCAGAGUCGAGAGAGAAUGGAGAUAGCUGUUCAGUUGACACGGGUAAUCUCCCGGCAAUUCUCGACAGGUUCGGUGAGGAUGAGCGGGAGAUUCAGCUUCAAGCGGCAGAAUUCUCUCGAUCCAAGGCGCAACAACCGGCGAUUUAGCUUCGGACGCCAGUCCUCGCUUGAUCCGAUUUGUCGUAGUGCCGCUCAAGAUGAGCUCUCUGUGCCUGAAAACCUCGACUCUACGAUGCAGUUAUUGUUCAUGGCCUGUAGAGGUGACGUGAAGGGAGUCCAGGAUUUGCUGGACGAUGGCAUUGAUGUAAAUAGCAUUGACUUGGAUGGGAGGACUGCUUUGCACAUUGCCGCCUGCGAAGGCCACCUCGAGGUUGUGAAGCUCUUGGUCAAUCGGAGGGUCAAUAUUAAUGCUCGUGAUCGCUGGGGCAGUACGGCGGCUGCUGAUGCGAAAUACUAUGGAAAUGUAGAAGUUUAUAAUACUUUGAAGGCCCAUGGAACUAAAAUUCCGAAAUUUAGAAAGACACCAAUGGCUGUUGCAAAUCCUCGAGAAGUUCCUGAGUAUGAACUCAAUCCAUUAGAGCUUCAAAUUCGCAGAAGUGAUGGUAUCACAAAGGGGACAUAUCAAGUGGCUAAAUGGAAUGGCACAAAAGUUGCUGUAAAGAUACUGGAUAAGGACAGUCAUUCAGACCCUGCAAGCAUAAAUGCUUUCAAACAUGAGUUAACUUUGUUAGAGAAGGUCCGGCAUCCUAAUGUGGUUCAGUUUGUUGGAGCUGUCACCCAGAAUUUACCAAUGAUGAUUGUUUCAGAGUAUCAUUCAAAAGGUGACUUGGGGAACUAUCUUCAAAAGAAAGGGCGUCUAUCCCCAUCUAGAGCUCUAAAAUUUGCUCUAGACAUUGCGAGGGGCAUGAAUUAUCUUCAUGAAUGUAAACCGGACCCAAUUUUCCACUGCGAUUUAAAGCCCAAAAAUAUUUUGCUGGACUCUGGAGGUCUGUUGAAGGUAUCUGGAUUUGGUUUGAUAAGCUUGUCUAAAGUGUCACCUGGUAGGGCAAAACUGUUGCAGCCUGAUGCUCAAAUUGAUUGUUCAAGUUUAUAUGUGGCACCCGAGGUUUAUAAAAAUGAAAUAUUUGACAGAAGUGUGGAUGCAUACUCUUUCGGUCUCAUUCUUUAUGAGAUGGUGGAGGGAGUCCAACCAUUCCACCCCAGGUCCCCAGAAGAUGCUGCUAAAUUGAUGUGUUUGGAAGGAAAGAGACCAACAUUCAAGACAAAAUCUAAAUACUAUCCUCCAGAUCUGAAAGACAUCUUCUGUUGAGAUGUGGGUUCGUUAUAUUUUAAACAACUCCAACAACAUAUUAGGGAACCAGAUGUCUUGGGUUUGACUCUCCCCAGGCUUAUCUGGUCACCAUGGUUAAUAGGUGAGUGCAUGCAUCUGUAAAGAUUAGCUGCUACAAGUCUAAACUUAUAACCAAAAAAGGAAUUAAGAGUGACUAGGUCCGUUGCAUUUCUUUUUGCCACAUGAUCAUCAAUAUAUGGGAUGAUGAUAUUUGUUACGAUCAAUGUGGGCAAAUCAGAUUGGUGAUUCUUUAUAACACUGGGAUGGCCUUUUGCAUUGCCUUUCGUCGAAGGGUCUGUUUGAUAACCAUCAUUCUCCCUUUAUUGAAUUUUUCCAAGUUCAACAUAAUCAAAAGGGAAUUUGUACCAAGUCAUAAUUCAGUGUUUUGUUUCCCUUUUUUUCCCCUUAUUUUGGUAAACUUGAAUGGUGCCAAGUUGUAAAUCAAAUUGUUACUUUUCUUGAAUUGU